AUGAUUGGAAGUAUCUUACCUGAUGAAGUUGUCACUCGUGUGAUUAGACAAUUGGAUAGACAUACUCUUGAAAAAUCUGUUGUUGAUAUACCACAAUUAAGAAGAUUAUGUACAUUGAAAAUAACUGAUCAAGAGACAUGUUUUGAGAAAUCGAGUAUUGUUAAUGUUGUUACUAUUCAACGAGUCAUUCAAGAGAAAUUGGAUUUAGAUAAGUUAUUUGAAGGUUAUCAUUUUUUUGAGAUUGAGAUUCAUAGUAUUGAUGAUUAUAACAAAUAUUUGAAAAUUUAUAAAGUAUUAGCUCGUUUGAUUAAAUUGAAGAAAGUAUUGAAUAUAAGGUUUAUAUGUGACUCAAUUGAUUUGAAUUAUUUGAAGAUGUUUAAAUCAUUAUUCCAUCAUUAUAAUAAUGAUAUUAUUAAUGGAUUCCAAAAUAAUCAUCAUGGAUCAGCUCUACAAAAUAAUUGGUUCACCAUAGUUUUUGAAAAUUUAAAAGAAAUUAAAAGUAAUUGUAAUCAUUUACUUAUAUCAUCACAAGUUUCAUAUCCAAUGUUAAAAUCAUUAAACCUGUAUUAUUGUUCACCAAAAUUUUAUUUUGAAGUUUUGAAUUAUUUAAAUUUGAAUAAAUUUCCAAAAACUUUCCCAAAAGUUACUUAUGUUAAAUUUAGAGAUUAUAUGAGUGAAGAAGAAGAUACUUAUUCAAUGCAUAGUAAUAAUUAUAUUAAAAACCGUGAUGAUGAUGAUGAUGUUAUGGAUGAUUAUGACGAUUAUGAUAAUAAUUCUGAUCUUGAUGAAAAUGAAUUUUUUUUCGAUGGUUUGGAAAUCAUUUCAAAUUAUAAAUUAUCAAAACUUGAAGUAUUAAUCAUUAAAAAUUGUAAUGUUUCCAAGAUUAAUAAGAUAUAUGCACCAAAAUUAGAAACAUUAAAGAUAUUUGAAAUUAGUAAUAAACAUGCAGAUGCUUAUGAUUUAAAUCUUAUAGAUUCUUCAUCAAAUGUUCAAAGAUCAUUUAUAUCAUCAGCUGUAUCAACACAAUGUUCCAUACAGGCUAAUCAUUUCCCAUAUUUGAAAACUUUGAAAAUCAUUGGUCAUUUAAAUUUAAAAGAUUUUUCCAAAAAUAGUUUAGAUCUUGAUGAAAUUCAACAAGUUAUUAUAAAAGGUUGUAAUGUUGAGAUUAUUGAUAAGGAUACUUUUUGGGAGAAUUAUCAUUCAAAUAAUCAAAUUUCACUGGAGGUGUUGUAA